UGGCAAACAACUCACUCAUUUCAUCUCAACCUGCAUCAAACCUCAUACCUUUACAUAUAAUUCAUUCUACUUCUUCACUAAAUGGAAAAUCUCAUACUAAACCCCAUCAAUCGACCAACGGGAUUUUCCAAUCUCAAACCAAUAAACAGACAAGAUGCGGAUAAUCCGAAAACGAGUCAUCAUCUCCGACUACGCGCGUGACAUCGUGCGAACACAAAUAUACAUCAUAACACGACCUAUCAAAAAGGCAUACGCGGACGUAAAGCACAUCUUCGAGGUUGAGCAAAUACGGCGAGAAGUCGAGCUCCUAUGCAUCCCACCAUCAAAUCCCUUAGCCAUAACCUCCCCUCCAUCCACCACUACCACCACUACCACCACCCUACCCCCAACUCCAGACACAAAAACAAAACCAAAAACAUCCUUCCUCCACCUCCCCCCCUCCAUCCGCGCCAGAAUCUACCGCCUCGCCCUACGCACCCCUAGUAUAGCCCAAGUACGCCACGACCUAACAUUCUGGGGACCCUACCCCACCAAAUGGCCCAAAGACCAACACAUCCGCAGCGAAGCCGAAGCCCCGAGCUGGGCCCUCCGGAUGACUACCGGUCUAGGCGGGACAGGGGUAAACCAACUCGUGUUUCCCCCGCAAGAAGGUCAACACGUAUACGGUGCAAUCUGGCCUCUCCUAUGCGGUGAACGGCGCCGGUACCUCCCAGGUUGGCUCAAACCCGAAAUCGUAGUUUUCGCUACGGAUUUAUUGAGGGUGUGUAGAGUGGUGUAUACUGAGGUAUUGGAUGUGUUGUAUGGCGAGAACACGAUAUGUCUCUUCGGACCCGAGAUGGUGAGGUUUUUCGUUAGGAAUGCGAGUCUGGAGGGCUUGGAGAGGGUGCGCUAUGUACAUGUUGCGCUUGUCCUAGAAACAGGGCGGCAGAAAUUGGCGUUGAAGAUGAGGGAGGUUGAGGAUGCGAUGCGUAUGCUCCGCAAUGCAUUUCCGAAGUUAAGACAGUUAGAUGUCGAGGUUGCGCUUACGUGGAGCCAACCGAAGAACGCGAAGCGCUUUUGGGAUUGGUUGAGGAAUGAUGUGCUGGAUCAGUUCCGCGGGUUGGAGAGGUUUGUGUUGAAGGUAUCCGUGUACCAACCCCUUAUCGUGUACAGGUAUCCUCGCCAUGUGGAUUAUUUGCCGGAAAUUGAGCCCCUGAGCUCGUGGAGUGAUGAGGAGUAUGAAGCUCUGAAAGCUAGGGUGACGGCGCCGAUUGAAGCAGCUGUUCCUGCUUAAGUAGACACGGCAUAGAAGAUUAGUCGGUCGUACAGUGUAUUGUAUUUUUACGUCUAGCCAGCGAAGCAUUUACACGGAAUGGGAACCUAAGAGU